AUGCUUAGUAGCUUACCUAAGCUUCCUCUGCCAGACCUGGCUCUGCCUCUUUCAUUGCCAGCCCUCGGCGAUCUACCCAAAGUGUCUGCAAUUCCACUGCCAGCUAUUCCGCUCCCUACCACAGACGACGCGGUCGACUCUUAUGUCAAGGUUGGCAAGAUUGUCCUCUCAAAUAUUCUGAGCCUCCUUUGGAAGGGCGCUGCGGCCUCCAAGAUUGCCGGCCUUGAUCUCACAAUCCCCUCCGUCCCGGAAAUCCCAGCUCUCCCAAUUGUCCCGGUUGUGUCCCCCAUCGUGUCCAGCGUCGUGGUCGCGCACACCGUUAAUGCCACUAUCGCUGCUAUUGCCCUUCCCACUCCUCUGGAGAGGCGACAGGCUGCUGCUUCGUCUUCGUCUUCGAGUAGGCUGGCCAUCGCGACCCCUGCUUUGGGGCUUCCUCUCCUCGGUGGGUUGACGAGCGGUUUGACUGGCGGAUCGUCGCCUCUUGGUGCCGUGGCCAGCACUGUUGGUGGAGCCACGGGUAGUCUUCCUUUGGUCGGUGGUCUUACCUCGGGCCUCACUGGUGGCGGCGAUCUUCUCGGCACCGUAUCGAGCGCAGUCGGCGGACUUUCGAGCAGCAUCCCCGCUGUGGGUGGAUUUACAAGCAGCAUCCCCUCUGUUGGCGGUGUUACUAGUGGCCUUACUGGUGGAAGCAGCCCCUUGGGUGCUAUCAGUGGCGUCACUGGUGGUCUUACUGGAGGAAGCCUGCCCUUGGGCGCUGUCGGCGGUGUGGCUGGAACAGUCGCCAACACCGUAGGGAGCGUGCCCGUCGCAGGAAGUGCCGCCGCCCCAGUUGCAGGUGUCGUUGGUGGCCUCACCUCUGGUAGCCCUCUGGGUGCUGUAGGCGGUGCCGUUGCCCCAGUUGCAGGUGCACUUGGUGGCCUGACCUCUGACAGUCCUCUGGGUGCCAUUCCCCCAGUCGCAGGAGCUGUAGGUAGCGCCGUAGGAGGUGCUCUCGGUACUGUCGUUGGAGCCGCUGCUGGUGUUCCCGCUGCCGUCCAAAGUACUGUCAACACCGUUCUGCCUGGCCCGUAUCCCCUCGACCAGGGUAUGCCCGGAUCCGAUCCUGUUGGUGGACUGUCCAUCUCCAUCAUUGCCACUCUGCUUAGUCUCCUGAAAAAGGAUCCUCUGUCGCUUUUCGGUGGCAUGGGAGGUACCGGUGGUCUCAUCAAGCGUGACCUUCCAGAGUUGGCAGACGCAUUCGAGAUCGAGAGGCGCCAACUCAAUACGCAUGAGAAGCGCCAGGCCUCCCUUCCAUCGCUCUCGACUGGUCUUCCUGGCGUUGGCGUCGGUAGCCUGCCUUUGAGCGGUAUCCCAGGUGUCUCUCCCGACCUCUCCUUCCUCGUCGGCUCGAUCGCUAAGAACAUUGCUGUGCCCGGAGGCAAGGGUCUCGGCAGCGUCACCGGCGGCAUCCUCAGCGUGCUCAACGGCAUCGUCCCCAACUUCCUGUUCAAGCUUCCCGUCGUCCAGGACUCGGUCCCCACCUUUGGUUGUCUCCAGCUCCUUGCUGCCAUCAACCCCACCAAGUUUGGCGUUCUUGCUGGCCUUACUAACCUCGCUGCUCUUUCGCAAGCUGCUGCUGCUAUCUCCGCAGCCGACCUUGCUUUCAUCAGGACUCUUCCCGUCAGCUCUGACCCGACGAAUCUUAUCACAACCAUUACUACUCUAACUGAUAACAUUCUGUCUCUUCCAGGCAACGUUAUCAACCUCAGGGCAGCGGUUUCGGUGCUGUGCAUGAAGAACCUCGGUCUCGCUGUUGCAGGGCUAUAA